GAAGCUCACUCCUUGACGUAACUGAGCAGAGAAGAAACCGGGAAGGUUGGAAGAGUACACCGGCCUUGUCGGUUUUUGCUAUUUUCUCUUCAGAUAAAAAUGGCUAAAUGGGGUGAAGGUGAUCCCAGGUGGAUCGUAGAAGAGAGAGCUGACGCCAAAAAUGUAAAUAAUUGGCACUGGUAAGCGAUCACACUUGGUGAAAUGUUGCAUGUGGUACUUUAAGUUCACGUGGCUAGCUAAUAAUAUUGUCACUAGAUACAUGUAUAUGUAGAUAUAUGUUUUUUUUUUCUGUGAUAAAUGCUCUGAUCAAGCAUUCACUUUCUUCCUUGCUUAUGGUCCACAGGACUGAAAAGAAUGCUACUCCUUGGUCCAAAGAAAGGUUAAAGUCACUUUUAAAAGAUUUAGAAAUUGAAACAGAUGAAGGUAGGAUUUGUAUUGAGGAAUGAUACGGAAUCGGAACUGCUUUCUCUCGACUUUUUUUAGACAAUUUGAAGCUUAGGUGCAAAGCGAUCAGUGGUUAAAAAAAAUCAAAAUUAAAAGGGAACCUUGCGGGAGUGAUCGGAUUUUUUCUUAAUAUAUUUAUUUUAAAAGUUUAAGUAAUAGUCGACUUUGUGUUGUAUUGUGACAACAGUACAGACAAGAGAAAUGUUGUCAAGGUCGUCUAUCAACUUCAAGUAAGGCGACAUAAUUUAUUAAACCAACAAAACAAAUUUCAAAAAGCCGACUUUUCAGUUCUGAUAUCGUCUUUGAAUCUGAUUCAUUUGUUUUGUUGAUGUUCAAAAACAGUGAAACCGAAAAAAAAUUGGAACCAUCACGUAUAUCAAAAUUCACCAAGACUAUAGUUACAAUUCAUAUUCACAUGACUAUAUUGUUACUGUUGUCAUGUUUAAUUCUCUUGAAAAGUUUCAUUUACUUUUUUUCGCUUUAAGGAAAAGCUAAAAUAACUGAGGUUACCAAAAUCGAUGGAGAAGCCUACGCCAAGUAAGUCCACGUGUUGUUCAGGCCUUGAUUUUACUUGGUGCUUGAGAUGUUUACUCAACUUUUGCCUUACUACUUGCUCUUUUCAGCAACAGAAAAGCAAAACUAAUAUUUUUCUAUGAGUGGGUUAUUACACUUGAAUGGACAGGUUAGUUAAUGGAAACACAUUGUGUGACAAAUUGUGUUUAGAGGCUGUAUCCAACUCAACUUUACUUUAAGUCAUGACAAGCUAACUUAUCUCUUGAAUGCAAUCUAAUCAUUCAGGAACUAUAAAAGACGAUGACAAAGUAUGGAAAGGAAAAAUAGAAAUUCCAAAUCUAAGUGAAGAAAAUGAUGCACAUGAAGUAAAUGUGAGUCAAUGGAAUGGUAAUAAUAUUAAUGAUAAUGAUAAUAUUAGUGUGAGGGUUUUUAAGUGAUGACAGCUAUAAUAAUAAUAUAAUAAUAAUAUUUCAUUUAUUUAUUUAUUUGUUUGCUUUUAUUUUGAUGGUUGUGUGAUAUCUUAACGAUUUUACCAAUCCAACACAUGUAAAUGUAAAUGUAUAGUUUAUGAAACAGUCUUAGGAUUUUGUUUAUGGUGGACAGUUGUAUGGUCUGUAGAGUUUCAGCUGUGUAGUUUUAAUUUGUGUUUUAAAAAGCUUCAUAUUUGUGGUGGGUUGAUUUGCCUUUACCUUUUAAUUCCCUUGAGAAACCAAGUAAUGUCUUGUUACUAUAUCCACACAUUGAUGAGAAUGAAAAAAAUGUGUACAUGUAUGUGAGCUGUUGUUUGUUUUUACCCUUCAUUCCCAAGAUCUUAUUAAUAACUCUACUUACUGUCUGCUCUAUAACUGUUAAAUGAUGUAAGUUUCGGUGAUUUUUUUAUUCCCAUCACUUUUCUGCUUAAUAUUGUAUUGAAACCCCAAGGAGAAAGUCUGUCUUGGUCACUCCUGAAAGUUAAAGGGUUGAUUCAAAAUACUCAGGUCUUUUAAGUUUGCAUGAAGUACAUGUACACUGUAAAUGGGACCCGAAUCAGUAAGAAAAAAAAAAGAUUGAAGGGUUGAAUUUUACAUGUACACUUAUACAUACUCAAUCUAUUACCAACUGUAUACUUCAUGACAGAGCUCUUUUUUGCAUAUGCAGGUGAUAGUGACAGCUGACAAGGAUUCAGAAGCAAGUUACAAAUUAAAACAACUUAUAAGAUCUGUUGGUACAGGUCUGAUCCGAGAGAAGUUGGGGCAGUAUAUCAAGGAACUCAGACAAGGUUCUUGCUUCUUACAUAUAAUGUAAAUUACAAAUUGUCAUUGAUCUUAACCCUUUCACUCCCAAGAUCUGAUUAGUAAUUCUCCUUACUAUCUGCCAUACAAUUCUCAUGAUGUUAGUCCAGUGAAUUUGGUAUUGGAUCAACUAAUGAUCCCAUGAUCGAUAUUCUUCUCUACUCUCAUCACCUGCCUGCUUGAUAUUGUAUUGAUAUUGUAAGGAGAAAUUCUGUCUUGGUCACUCAUGGGAGUGAAUGGGUUAAGACAAUAAGCCCAGCCUAUAUUAUUACUCCCAGUUGUGUGUAGUGACAGGAGAUGUUGGUGUUUAGCACAUCCACUUCAUGAGAAUUGCACAAGGGUCAAGCUUGUAUAAUGCUGUAGCAAACUUGAGUGAUAUUGUAUAAUCGAUUGGUCCAAUGCAUUGAUGGUACUAGUAGCAGUAGAUACUAGAAUCCAUAGAAUGAAAAAAACAGGACUAAGCACUUAUUGGAUAAAGAAGGAAGUACACAGUAGAAUUGUCUGCAAGCUUGUCUGUGUCUAUGCUUGUCGGUAUUUAUUUGUCAAAUUGUUUGUUUCAUUCAUUGCUCUCUCUGUGUUUUAAGCUGUAUGUCAAGGGUAUAUAGGCAAGCUACAUUCUUGAAUUCACAUUUUGUAAAUUUGUUUCUACAUGAUUUGUAUAUCUGUAUUUUUUCAUUUAGAAUUCAGUCAGGGAAUGAUUCUACCGUCCAAAGACAGCCCAAUUUUGCAGAGAUCAUCUCCAAACAGUCAAGACAAUGAGACACUCAAAGCUGCUAACAACUUUUCAGCCGGUUCAGGGGAUACAAAUAAAAAUGAUAGUAAGUCAAUACAUUCACUCUAUCUGGGUGUAAUGAAGGAGCUUCUUUAUUUCUGUGGAGAAUAAUAGAUUAAGCUAGAUGAAGAUUGGGGGGGCUGUGUUAACCUAAGCAAUACACAUAGGUCCCUUUGUCUUAUGAAACUAAAUUAAAAAUUUACAUUAACCCCUGGUCAGGUUAGUCUUUUAACAUACUUGAUGUUUCUGUAAAACUAAUAUAUCUUUUUGCCUUUGGAAUGGAAAUGGGUUGUUCUCGUCCUCACUUAAUUGACCAAAUUUAUUUUCAGCAACAAUGCACCAUGCCAAUUUUUUUAAAUCAUCUGCUUAUUAAGAACAAAAUAUUAAGAAUUUGUAAACCUCUGAUUUCACUUUCCCCAUUCUAGUAGUUGAAAAUCAGUAAAUCAGAGACAGAAAAUUGAAUUUUUUUUCCUUGUGGUGACCAUCUAAAUAUUAUUUAUCCUCUUCCCCCCCCCCCCUAUUGGGUCAACCCUCUUUGGAAGUCAUGCCAAGUUGUUUAUCCUUUCUAAGAGCUAAGCAGAUGUUUUCUUAUACUGAUUUAGCUGAUACAAGUAAAGUUGGCUGCCCCAUCUCUACCAAAAAGCUGACCAUGAAGCAAGAAUUUCUCACAACCGCAGAAGAGUUAUAUGCAGCACUAACAGAACAGCAGGUGAUGUACAUGAACUAGUUACAACUCUUUACCCACUGACAGUACUCAAUUAGAUGAAUAUUAAACGUUCAAGUAUCUGAAAUUAUGAACAAUUCGUAAAACUUGCAGUUAAAUCUAUUGUAGUGCAGUGGCCUCAUAAUACUUGUGAAGUGCACAGGACUCUGAAUGGGUUUAAGUCCUGGCAUGGUCAAUGUGUUUUGUUCUUGGGCAAGACACUUUUACCUUCACAGUGCCUCUUUCCAUUCAGGAGUAUGGAUGGGUAUCAGUGAAUUGGCAGAGAAGCCUGCUGAAAUGCUGAAGGGUAACCUUGUUGAAGUUUGGUAUCCCACCCAAGGGGAAAGAGGGGGUGGGUUAGUAACACUCCUAGUUGCUUCCAGCAAGAUAAGCUCUGGCUGGACCUCUGCAUCCCCAUGUACUUUCAGAUCAGAAGAUUUUAUUUUACACGUAGCACCUGUAAAGUGAAACCUUCAAAUUACGUCAAUUUGCAGGAGGUUUAGUUAGUUUUACCCUUCUUGGAAUGGCUGUUUAUCUUUGGUUUGCAACAAAUUGUAAACUUUCAUAGGUCCAUUAGCAUAUUAGAUGCUUAGAUAAAUGUCCCCACAAGCUUUAUAGCUUUAAUAAUUACUGUUUUCAAAUAAAGGACUUUAUUUUAUUUGGAUGGGCCACUUGACUCAAAAACCGACAUUUCCUUUACCUAUCAAUCAAAUGUGAAGUACACAAUGUUUAAGCUAACUGUUAGAAUUCUGGGAAGAAUGAUAUUACACUCAAAGUAUGUUUUCCAGAGAAAUGCGUUUUCUGUAUUCCUGUCUCACAACUAAACAAAAAUUUUUUUCAGUAAGAAUUUAUCAAAUGAAAAGAAAAGUCAAUGAACAGGUCAUUAAAACAAAGUUAAGCUGUUGUUUCACAAAACCACAUUCUAAGUUCUCUUCAAUUAAGCCAAACCUUAUAUCUGAACGUUUAUUUUUGUGAACAGUGUCAAGAAUCCCUGAGUCCCUCUGUUUAUGUCAAACUGCAGUUUGGGUUAGACCUUGUGUAAAUAAUUGGUCCAACUGGUCCAUCAAAGUAAACUUUGUUAGUUUUAAUGUUUGUUUUUUCACACCUUACGUUUGCCAGUAAGCCCAGACUUAAUGUAAAUCACCCGGCUUUUGAGCUCACGACCCAACCUGUCAAGCACUGGCCAUGAAAUAAUAACCCAGUAUCUGUUGUGUUGCAUCCACAGAGACUUGAAGCUUUCACCCAGAGCUCAGUAAAGGUGGAUGCUAGUCGUGGAGGAACAUUUGUACUGUUUAAUGGCAAUGUGUCAGGAAAAUUCCAGGAAUUGGUUAGUUAAGAUAGAGUCCUGUUACUGUGAAAAUUGUAUUAACUUAAAGAAAAUUAUCUUAAGAAUUUCUCUGUACAAUAUUCUUACAAAAUUAAGCAGACAAGUGACCAGAAUAAUGAAAAAUGUGGGUAAGGGGGUUAUUAGUUGGCCCAAAACUAAAUUCCCAGAACUAAUAUCUUAAGAACAGUAUGGUAGACAGUAAGGAGAAUUACUAAUGAGAUCUUGGGAGUGAAAGGGUUAAAUUUUGUUUUAAUUUCUCAGGUUUCAGAGGAAAAGAUAGUAAUGCUGUGGAGAUUCAAGAGCUGGCCUGAAGGACACCACUCCACAGUGAAAAUCACUUUGGAUCAGAAAGAUGACCGUACUGAGUUGACAUUAGUACAGACAGGCAUCCCUGAGGAAGAUUUUGAGCGCACAAAAAGUGGAUGGAAACAGUACUACUGGGAAGCAAUGAAACGAACAUUUUGUUGGGGGAUGCGAUACUUCUGACUAGAGUUUCUGUAUGACUUGGCAUUGUUUUACUUUGAGCAUGUAGUGGUGACCUAAACUGUGUGUUAAGUAUCUCAUUGUUGGACUUAGAUUGACUCAAGAUUUUGUAUGACCUAUAGGUUCAUGUAGUUGGGAUAAUUUUUGUGGGUGGGGAAGGCAGUGAAAUGGAACAUAAACCUGUAUUUGCAGAGCUACUUAAUAGGGAAAAACAGACUCAACAAGAACCAUAGGAAAGUCUGCAACUCCUUGCCCUUCUCACCCACUUUGUGUUUUCCACUUGACAUUUCUCAGCAAAAGCUCAUAGAAGGAGUUUUAGAAGAAUUAAGACCAUCCCAUAAUACCAAAGGAAGCAGAGUUCUACUUUAUAAUAACUUGUCCAACCAGCUCUGGCAAUCAGGAGGAAAUAAAGAGUAAAGCAAGUAGAAGGAAGGAGCCAGUAAGCAGUGUUAAAUCCCAAAAAGGCAGCUAUUAAUCAAUGGGCCUCUUUCCAUGGAGAACUUGGGUAAAUUAGGGUAACAUGUAUUCUCUUCAUUAAUUCAAUUUCAUCAGUUGCAAAUUUGUGCUUAACAGAAAGUCCAGGAUUGGGAAACAGAUGAAAACAUUAAGCAGGAUCUUUUGUGUGGCUGUCAUUAUGUAUGUUCUAUGUUAGCCAGUAAAUUAUAGUGUUGUUUUUUUUUUUUUUAAGUAUCACCAUUGCCUUUUCAUGCAGAGAUAAAGUAAGUCUAUUGUAGGUUUCAAAUAGCAAUGAACUAAUUGUUAUGAGAUCUGAUUGAGCUGCAAUUUCAUUGUCAGCUAUUGCUUGAUAAUAAACCUGUUUUUAGAGC